AUGAAGGUCAACAGCGCAUCAGCUUUCUCUCUUCUGCUUGCUCUGGCCCAAUCCGCUGCCAUUGAGCGUCGCCAGCAAGGCGAUGGCCCAGGCGGAUCCGCAGAUGCGACGCAAGGCGACCUUGGUGAACGGCCACCGCCGCGGUUCCCGUUUCCUGUCACCAAGUUCCCGGUUUCGAACGAGACUGUUGUCCUUAAGGAAGCCAUGUACAUUCUUCCUGGGCAGGUCUUCGACGGAGGCAUGAAGCGUUACGAGCGUGUUGAAGGCAGCUGCAAUGAGCAAGCUGGUAUGUUUGACCCCGGUGUGAUUUCUGCUAUGAUCCAAAAACCUAUACUAACUCUGUCCAUCAUUGCAGAGGGCACGGAUGCCGACGCGGUCUUCAAUCUUCUCCCUGGCUCGACAAUCCGCAACGUCAUUAUUGGCAAACACCAGGCUGAGGGAAUCCAUGCAUUGGGCGACGCAUGGGUUGAGAAUGUGUGGUGGGAAGAUGUUUGUGAAGACGCCCUCACCUCGAAGGGCUUGAACACUCAACUGAGAGUGAUUGGUGGCGGCGCUCGCAAUGCCACUGACAAGGUCGGCCUUUCUCUCUGCGCCAUGACUAGUAAGAAAAUUGCUGACCUUUCUGGAAGAUCUUCCAAGACAACUCUCUUGGCGGGAAGUACAACAUUACUGGCUUCUAUGCUGAUGGAUUCGGAGUUCGUCAAACCUCUCUCCAUGCUCACCAUGUUUAGAAAUCCCACUAAUGUUAUACCUCAGACUUUCUACCAAUCUUGCGGUAAUUGUCUGAACCAGUCAAAGCGGAAUGCAACCAUUCAGAACGUUAUCGCAAUCAAUGGCAACAGAAUGGGCAUCAUUAACCCUAACUACGGCGACGAGAUUCGCAUCAAGAACACUCAGCUGAAAGACUUGAAGGUGAUGAUCGACAAAGAGAUUGCAAACAACAUGCAAACCGUUCCAAUCACGGUUGGCACCGGCCCAGAUCAGAAGUACGCCCUGUACAACGAGACGAGAGACGCCAUCACCGAAUGGGAGGGAAUUGUGGAGAACGCAUACGAGCCCGAGGAGCCAUAUGAGUGGCUUGAGGCUUACUGGCCGGAUGGAUUCAACUGA